UCUUAACUCCUGACCCAUGAAAAUCUCAGUGAGAUGAGGACAUGUAGUCACAGGUGGUUAAAGUGGGAGCAGUGAUUCUCAGACAUCAAUGGACCCUAGUCAUGUAGGAAGCCUAUUCACACAGAUUCCCCAAGUACUAGAGGAAUUUAGACAGGGUUGCUGAGACCUUCAAUUAGCUAGGAAUGGGUAGGGGUGGAGGAUCUUUCAUUUUUAACAAGUUCUGCAGGCAGCACAGUCCUGGUACAGGUGACUAGCAGCCCCUGCCUUAUGGAGCCCUGACUGGUGGAGGGACUGGCUUCUGGGGCUUUGGAGACAGUAAUUGAUGUGGGGAGAAUGGACCUGGCUGACUACCACUCUCAUCUGCAGUGUGACCUAGAUAGAGUAGAUUGCAUCCCCACAGUAUGUCUGCAUCUCUAAUACCAUGAAGUCAGGGUUCAAAGACAUGGGCAAAGGGCUUUUCAUAGGGCUCUAACAGCCAUUUACUGAGCUCUGUCUCUUCACACAAAAGAGGUCAUCAGUGUGACUGCCCAGAGGAGGGAAAUAAUAGCAGUGAACAUAUUUUGAAUACUUACUGUGUACAAUCCCCUGAGCUAAGGAUUAUCUCAAAAUUUUACAUCACACCAAGUAGGUACUAUUGUAAUGAGACUGGGCCACAGAGACGUUGAGUAACUUGCCCAAGGUCACACAGCUAGUAAGAACAAAUGUACCGUCCUCCUAUCCGGAGACCAAAGCAGGGCGGAAGUGGGAAGGGGGAGAAGCAGAUUGUUCAGGGAGCAGUUCAGGAAGAGGAAACGUCCCCAACGCCCACCAGGUGCCCCAAACCAUUCAGCACCGCGGACAGCUCUCAAAGGGUUUUUGGGUUUCGCCAGGGAGAAAUGCGCUGGGAGGGACUCCCAAGCUUCCCGCGGUUCCAGCCACUCGACCAGCCAUGUCUCUCAGCGGAGCCUCUGAGCGCAGCGUCCCGGCCACCAAGAUUGAAAUUACCGUGUCCUGCCGGAAUCUGCUGGACCUCGACACCUUCUCCAAGUCCGAUCCCAUGGUGGUGCUUUACACGCAGAGCCGGGCGAGCCAGGAAUGGCGAGAGUUCGGACGGACAGAGGUGAUCAACAACACGUUAAACCCAGACUUCGUGCGCAAAUUUGUCCUCGACUACUUCUUUGAGGAAAAACAAAAUCUGCGCUUUGAUGUGUACAAUGUUGACUCCAAAACCAACAUCUCCAAAACGGAUUUCCUUGGACAAGCGUUCCUGGCUCUGGGAGAGGUGAUCGGAGGCCAGGGCAGCCGUGUAGAGCGACCCCUCACGGGUGUACCAGGCAAGAAGUGUGGGACCAUAUUGCUGACUGCAGAGGAGCUUAGCAAUUGUCGGGACAUUGCCACCAUGCAGCUGUGUGCAAACAAGCUGGACAAGAAGGAUUUCUUUGGGAAAUCAGAUCCCUUCCUUGUGUUCUAUAGGAGCAAUGAGGAUGGCACGUUCACCAUCUGCCACAAGACGGAGGUUGUGAAAAACACACUGAAUCCUGUGUGGCAACCCUUCAGCAUCCCUGUGCGGGCACUGUGCAAUGGAGACUAUGACAGAACAGUGAAGAUUGAUGUGUAUGACUGGGACCGGGAUGGAAGCCAUGACUUCAUUGGUGAGUUCACCACCAGCUACCGGGAGCUGAGCAAGGCCCAGAACCAGUUCACAGUGUAUGAGGUACUUAACCCUCGGAAGAAAUGUAAGAAGAAGAAAUAUGUCAACUCAGGAACUGUAACGCUGCUCUCCUUCUCUGUGGACUCUGAAUUCACUUUUGUUGAUUACAUCAAGGGAGGGACACAGCUGAACUUCACAGUUGCCAUUGACUUCACAGCUUCUAAUGGGAAUCCUCUGCAGCCCACCUCCCUGCACUACAUGAGUCCCUACCAACUCAGCGCCUACGCCAUGGCCCUCAAGGCAGUGGGAGAAAUCAUCCAGGACUAUGACAGUGACAAGCUCUUCCCAGCCUAUGGCUUUGGAGCCAAGCUGCCUCCAGAAGGACGGAUCUCCCACCAGUUCCCCCUGAACAACAAUGAUGAGGACCCCAACUGUGCAGGCAUCGAGGGCGUGCUGGAGAGCUACUUCCAGAGCCUGCGCACAGUCCAGCUCUAUGGGCCCACCUACUUUGCUCCUGUCAUCAACCAGGUAGCCAGGGCUGCAGCCAAGAUCUCUGAUGGUUCCCAGUACUACGUUCUGCUCAUCAUCACUGACGGGGUCAUCUCUGACAUGACGCAGACCAAGGAGGCCAUUGUCAGUGCCUCCUCACUGCCCAUGUCUAUCAUUAUUGUUGGUGUGGGACCAGCCAUGUUUGAAGCAAUGGAAGAGCUGGAUGGUGAUGACGUGCGCGUGUCCUCUAGGGGACGCUAUGCAGAGCGGGACAUCGUUCAGUUCGUCCCCUUCCGAGACUAUGUUGACCGGUCCGGAAACCAGGUGCUGAGUAUGGCCCGACUAGCCAAGGACGUGCUGGCCGAAAUCCCAGAGCAGCUGCUGUCCUAUAUGCGCACCAGGGAUAUCCAGCCUCGCCCUCCACCUCCUGCCAACUCCAGCCCAACCCCAGCUCCAGAACAGCCCUGAGGAGCCCACUUAUUCAAUAACUAGCAGUCUGCCUGCCUGCCCACCCACUGCUUUUGCUGAAAGCCAGAGGCACUUGGAGCCCUGGACCUCAGUGAGUCUAGCUUGGGGGAUCAGUGCUGGCUGGUUGAGCUCUCUGCCCCCUCACCCACAGAAGGGCCUGGCACUAUCACCACCUCCCUGCCUUCAUGCCAAUAAUAAAGCUGAUCUUUACUCCA